AUGGCCUGCCGCAGGCAAUUGGGGUUGGGAAUAGAAUUACUUAUUGACUCUAGGAGAUGUCUUCUGCUUGUCUCGACUUUUGUCCAUUUCUUUGACACCUGCUCAGCUUGUGAAGCAACUGUUGAAGGUGCGCAUGUCCUACACCUAGAUAGAUAUCCAUUCGACUUAUCCAAUGAAUCAGACGUUCUCGGACUUGUAGCAUUGGAGGACAAGGAUGUCGACUCCCCACCUCUGGUGGAGUUAGAGAUUGGUCGGUCGACGAUUGCUCUUGAGGUUGAUAUCAACCCCGAGCCCGAAGAUGCUUGGAUCCAUGUGGUGUGGCAAUUCGGUACUGAACUUGGACCUUCUGGGGAGCCGAUUGUUUUUAAGAAGCACAAGAUUGCUCACAAACUUCAGGGUGACAAUCACAUCAACAGACACCUCGGCACGAACAAGUAG